UUGCACAAAAGAUGGGAGUGGCUGCCACACAGUAUUUUUUUACAAGAGAGACAUGGCUACUUGGAAAGAGAAGAUUCUGCUAAGCAGUUGUCUCGUUUCUCUACUGUUUUGUUUUGCUCAUGCUCAGAGCUGUACUGAUAGAAGCAUUCGCCUUGUGGGUGGCAGUACAAUAUUCGAAGGACGUGUAGAGGUGUGCAACAACAAUGCCUGGGGCACUGUCUGUGACGACUUCUGGAGCUUAAAUGAUGGAGAUGUAGUGUGUGCACAACUUGGAUAUGGCACAGCUACCAGUGUUCCACGAAUGGCUGCAUUCGGACAAGGAACUGGGAGUAUCGUUCUUGACAACAUUUUAUGUACUGGCACUGAAACCAACCUGUUUGACUGUCCCCACAACGGACUCAACGUGCACAACUGUGCUCACUCUGAGGAUGCCGGAGUGAUUUGCUCAGGAGGCACUGGUUUAUGCACUGAUGGAAGUAUACAACUGGUUGGAGGAGCUAAUAAUCUGCAGGGACGUGUGGAGGUGUGCAAUGUUGGGGCCUGGGGUACAGUCUGUGAUGACAGCUUUGGAACAAAUGAUGCUCAAGUGGUGUGCAGGCAACUAGGAUAUUCCAGCGAAGGUGCCACUGCACAGUGCUGUGCUGCCUAUGGACAAGGAACUGGUAGCAUUGUGCUAGACGACCUAGCUUGUACUGGAACUGAGACCUCCCUGUUUGACUGUCCUCACAGUGGAAUCGGUACUCACAACUGUGGCCAUAGCGAAGAUGUUGGUGUUACAUGUCAAGCUUCAACCGUCUGCACUCAAAGAGAUAUUCGUCUUGUGAGUGGCAGUACAAUAUACGAAGGCCGUGUGGAGGUGUGCAAUAGUGAUGCCUGGGGCACUGUCUGUGACGACGCCUGGGACUUAAAUGAUGGAAAUGUAGUGUGUGCACAACUUGGAUAUGGCACAGCUACCAGUGCUCCACAAAGGGCUGCAUUCGGACAAGGAACUGGGAGUAUCGUUCUUGACAACGUUGCCUGUACUGGCACUGAGACCAACCUGUUUGACUGUCCCCACAACGGACUCAACAUCCACAACUGUGCUCAUUCUGAGGAUGCGGGAGUUAUUUGCUCAGGAGUUCCUGGUCUGUGCACUGACAGAAAUAUUCGUCUUAUGGGUGGAACUACUGAGUUCGAAGGUCGUGUGGAGGUGUGCAAUGGUGGAGCAUGGGGCACUGUCUGUGAUGAUUUCUGGGACACCACUGAUGGAAAUGUAGUGUGUGCACAGCUUGGAUAUGGCAUAGCUACCAGUGCUCCACAAAGGGCUGCAUUCGGACAAGGAACUGGAGAUAUUGUUCUUGACGACGUUGGCUGUAUUGGCACUGAGACCAACUUGUUUGACUGUCCUAACAUUGGAAUCGGUAUCCAUAACUGUGCUCACUCUGAGGAUGCUGGAGUGGUUUGCUCGGGCCUUUGUACGACUGGGGAUAUUCGACUAGUGGGAGGGUCCAACUCAAUGGAGGGCCGUGUGGAAGUGUGCAAUAAUGGAGUGUGGGGCACAGUCUGUGAUGACCUCUGGGAUAUCACUGAUGGAAACGUUGCUUGUCGACAGCUUGGUUAUUCAAUGGCCGCAAGUGUUACAACUAUGGCUUCUUUCGGACAAGGAACUGGUGAUAUUUGGCUUGAUGAUGUAAGAUGUAUUGGCACUGAGGCUGCUCUGUUUGACUGUCCUAACAUUGGAAUUGGUGUCCACAACUGUGCUCACUCUGAGGACGCUGGAGUGGUCUGUGAAGCGGGCUGUGUUCAGGGGCUGGUGAGACUCCAGGGUGGAGAGUACAACAGUGGUCGUGUGGAGGUGUGCAAUGGUGGAGUAUGGGGUACAGUCUGUGAUGACGGCUGGGACAUAACGGAUGCUGGUGUUGCUUGCAGACAGCUUGGAUUUCCUGAAGCCACUGACGCACCAUGUUGUGCUACGUACGGUCAAGGAGCUGAUCCCAUCUUGCUGGAUAACCUAAAUUGUAUUGGAACUGAGUCACAGCUCAUCGACUGUACCCACAAUGGAGUGGGUAUCCACAACUGUGGCCACACUGAGGAUGCCGGGCUCACCUGUGCAGCCAAUGUCCGGCUGGUUGGAGGCAACAACAUCUAUGAGGGUAGAGUGGAAGUGUACUAUGAUGGAGCCUGGGGCACUGUCUGUGAUGACCUCUGGGGUAUUGAAGACGCAAAUGUCGUUUGUAGUCAACUGGGAUAUGGAAUGUCCACAAGUGCUCCAGGUCAAGCUACAUUUGGACAAGGCACUGGAAGUAUAAUUCUUGAUAAUCUUGCCUGUGUUGGCACUGAGAACACACUUUUUGACUGCCAGCACAAUGGCGUAAAUAUCCACAACUGUGCACAUUCUGAGGAUGCUGGAGCAGUCUGUGAAGGCUCAACGACUAACCUCUGCACUCAAGGAGACGUGAGACUGGUGGGAGGGACUAGUGACCUAGAGGGUCGUGUGGAGGUGUGCAACAGUGGAGAGUGGGGUACUGUCUGUGAUGACCUCUGGGGCGUAGAAGAUGGAAAUAUAGUGUGCAGACAGCUCGGAUAUGCUAGUGCAAGUUCUGCUCCCUGCUGUGCUAUGUUUGGUCAAGGUCAAGGUCAAAUUUGGCUAGAUGACUUGGGCUGUGCAGGAACAGAGACCUCCAUAUUUGAUUGUCCCAACAGUGGAGUUGGAGUACACAACUGUGGUCACUCUGAGGAUGCUGGAGUGGUGUGCACUGUGUGUACCCAAAAUGAUGUGCGUCUGGUUGGUGGUUCCACUGAGACUGAGGGUCGUGUGGAGGUGUGCAAUGACAAUGCCUGGGGCACUGUCUGUGAUGACAGCUGGGGAAUAGAUGAUGGAAAUGUUGUGUGUGCACAACUUGGAUAUGGGACUGCCACCAGUGCUCCAGGAUCAGCAACAUUUGGACAAGGAACUGGAGUCAUUGUUCUUGAUGAUCUCCAGUGUGUUGGUACUGAGGCCAACUUGUUUGAAUGCCCUCAUAGUGGAGUAAAUGUGCAUAACUGUGCUCAUUUCGAGGAUGCUGGAGUGACUUGUAUAAUGACGUGCCCACAAGGUGAUGUGAGACUGGUCGGUGGUACUAAUGAGUUUGAGGGUCGUGUGGAGAUCUGUAAUGACAACCAAUGGGGCACAGUCUGUGACGAUAGCUGGGAUGAUAAUGAUGCUAUGGUCGUCUGUAGACAGCUCGGAUAUAUUGGUGGCGCUGCACGGUUAACUGCUACUUUUGGGCAAGGAGUGGACCCGAUUUGGUUGGACGAUGUGGGCUGUACUGGAACUGAAUUAGCCCUCAGCAGCUGUCCUAAUAGUGGCUUCGGUGUACACAAUUGCGUUCAUUUAGAGGAUGCUGGUGUCGUGUGUGAAGAGGUGGUAGUUGUUUGCAACCAAGGAGAUAUACGACUGGUGGGUGGAGCUAACACUAGACAAGGUCGUGUUGAAGUGUGCAACAACAACGCCUGGGGCACUGUGUGUGACGAUGCAUUUGGUGCUGCAGAAGCUACAGUGGUCUGUACACAGCUGGGAAGAAAUGGAGUUGGUGCCACUGCACAGUGCUGUGCUGCCUAUGGACAAGGAACUGGAAGUAUUGUGUUGGACGACCUAGCUUGUACUGGAACUGAGACCUCUCUGUUUGACUGUCCUCAUGGUGGAAUCGGUACUCACAACUGUGGCCACAUCGAGGAUGUCGGGGUCACCUGCCCAAUUUUGUGUGCCGAUGGUGACCUGAGACUAGUAGGUGGUGCUAAUGAGCGACAAGGACGUGUGGAGAUAUGUAGCAAUGAAGAAUGGGGCACCGUUUGUGAUGACUUAUGGGACCUAAGUGAUGCUCAAGUUGUAUGCUAUCAGCUGGGAUACGGAAGAGAAGGUAUUGCAUUCUCUUUUGCGAUGUUCGGCCAAGGCACUGGUCCCAUUCUGCUGGACAAUGUUGGCUGCACUGGCAGUGAGAACCGACUGAUUGAGUGCUCUCACAAUGGCGUGGGGCAACACAACUGUGCCCAUUUUGAAGAUGCUAGUGUGCAGUGUGAUGGUAGUUGUACUGACGGAGAUGUUAGACUGGUAGGCGGUUCCAAUGAAUACGAAGGUCGAGUGGAACUCUGCUCAGGUGGCCUAUGGGGCACAGUCUGUGAUGACCUCUGGGAUGAUGCUAAUGCCAUGGUCGUCUGUGGUCAGCUGGGAUACACUCGAGUUGGUGCCAGAGGUAUUCAACGAGCUUUCUUUGGACAAGGAACAGGAGACAUUCUGCUUGAUGAUGUACAGUGUGUCGGAACUGAGGCUAGACUCACCGACUGUCCUGCCAUUACAACACAUAAUUGUGCACAUAGUGAAGAUUCUGGAGUAGUCUGUUUAUCUGAUCCACCAAUUACAUGUGCAAGCCUACCAUCCUUCACCAAUGGUGUCAUCACUUAUGCUACGGACACCACUGCUCCCUAUGACUAUCAAACCAUGGCAACGUACAGCUGCAACAUUGGGUAUACCCUCUCCGGUGUAGACAGUGUGAGGACUUGCAGUGAGACUGGUGAAUGGAGUGGCACUGCACCAGUUUGUCUAGUUGUGACCUGUUCAUCCCUGGAUAUGUUUGACAAUGGAGUGAUCACGUACGGACCUGACAUCACUGACCCAUUUGACUUUGGAACUACUGCCACCUACUCCUGCAAUGAUGGGUUCUUCCUGGAGGGUACUCAAGUUAGGAAUUGUGUUCUGGAUGGCAUUUGGGACGGUGCUGCACCACUGUGCAGAGCUGUUACGUGUCUUGACCUGCCUACCAUCAGUUUUGGAUCAAUCCUUUAUCAGCCAGACCUAUUUUCACCGUUUGAUUAUCAAACCACGGCCACCUACAGCUGCAUUCCUGGGUAUGCACUGUCUGGUGGAGAUAUUGUGAGGACUUGCACCUCAUCUUUAGGGAGUGGUGUGUGGACUGGAACUGCAUCUACUUGUGAAGCCAUCACAUGUCCUGCUCUCUCUAAUCCUGCUAACGGACAAGUCACAUUUGCCACUGACACUACCGUACCAUAUGAUUUUGGCACUGUUGCUACCUACACCUGUGGCACUGGAUUUGGACUGAGUGGAGAUAUGACAAGGACUUGUAGCGGAGAUGGCUCAAGUACAACUGGAAUGUGGAGUGCAACAGCCCCAACCUGCGAAGCUAUCACGUGCUCUACUCUGAGUCCAAUCACCAAUGGAGUGAUAACAUACAGUCCUGACAGUAAUGCCCUGUUUGACUUCGGAACUACUGCCACACACACGUGCAACGAUGGGUUCUUCCGGGAGGGGAGUAGUACCAGAACUUGUGGAGGAGAUGGAUCUAGUGUCAGUGGAGUGUGGGGUGGAGCAGCUCCAAUGUGUGCAGCUGUGAUGUGUCCUGUCCUAACUGCUCCAACCAAUGGAAUAAUCAUGUACACUGAGAUACCGUCAGGGUCGCUGGGGUUCAUGGAAAUGGCCACCUACAGCUGUAAUGCUGGCUUUGGACUGUCUGGGGGAGACCCUGUGAGAACUUGUGAGGGUGCUGCAGGCAGUUCGGGAGAUUGGACCGGAACUGCUCCAACUUGCGAAGCCAUCAUGUGUUCUGUUCUUACGGCUCUUACAAAUGGACGAAUUGAUUAUCUGGCUGACACCUUGCCGCCGUUUGACUAUGCAACUGUGGCUUCCUACAUCUGUAACCCUGGAUAUGCAGUGAUUGGUACAGUUGAAACAAGAACCUGUAGAGGAGAUGGCUCCACCCCAAUCGGAAUGUGGACUGGAACAGCACCGAUUUGUCAAGUUGUCACCUGUGCUUCUCUCAACGCCGUCAAUAAUGGAGUGAUAUCUUACAGUCCUGACAACACUGACCCGUUUGACUUUGAAACUACUGCCACCUACACCUGCAAUGAUGGUUUCUUCCUGGAGGGCAGUGCUAACAGAGUGUGUACUGGAUUAUCUGUACCAGGAUUUUGGGACAGCUCAGCACCCGUAUGUACAGCAACGACUUGUACAAGUCUAGCUAUUCCCACCAAUGGCAUCAUCACUUAUGCCACGGAUACAAUUGCUCCAUUCAACUACCAAACUAUGGCAACAUACAGCUGUGUCGCUGGCUAUGGUCUUUCUGGUGGAGACACUGUGAGGACUUGUGAAACAGCUAGUGGGGGAGGCAGUUGGGUAGGAAGUGCUCCAACUUGUGAAGCCAUCACAUGUCCUGAUCUCUCUGAUCCUGCUAACGGACAAGUUACAUUUGCCACUGACACUAUCGUACCAUACGACUUUGACACCGUGGCUACCUACUCUUGUGACAUUGGAUUUGGACUGAGUGGAGAUGUGAUGAGAACUUGCGGAGGAGAUGGACUUAGUCCAAAUGGGGUGUGGAGUGGAACAGAGCCAAUUUGUGGAGGUUUUAUGUGCUCUUCUCUGAGUCCAAUUGCUAACGGAUUGAUCACAUAUGGAUCUGACACUACUGACCCGUUUGACUUUGGAACUACUGCUACUUAUGCCUGCAACGAUGGUUUCCGUUUAGGUGGUAACGCAGUUAGAACAUGUGUUGGAUCAGGAUCAUGGGAUGGAACAGAACCCGAAUGCUUAGCUGAUGUGUGCUUAGACUUGCCAGUCCCAACGAAUGGAGUCAUCACUUACAGUCCAGACACCACUUCACCGUACGAUUACCGGACCGUAGCCACUUACAGCUGUCUUGAUGGUUAUGGACUGGCUGGUGGAGAUAAGACAAGGGAGUGUUUGGGGAUGUGGACUGGAAUUGCUCCCACUUGUGAACCUGUCAUAUGUUUUGCACUCGUUGAUCCUAUAAAUGGACGUGUUUCCUACUCAAGUGCUGCUGCACCAUAUGCUGCUGGCACUGUGGCUACCUACUCCUGCGGUGAUGGCUAUGGACUGAUUGGAGGAGAUGUUAUGAGCACUUGUGGAGGAGAUGGCUCCAGUACUAAUGGAGUGUGGGAUGGAGUAGUUCCAACUUGUCAACCUAUCACAUGCUCCACUCUCUCUCUACCUGACAACGGAGUGAUUGUCUACUCGUCUGCCACACCCGAGCCUUAUCAGUUUGGGACCACUGCCAGAUACUCCUGCAACACUGGGUUUGGACUGAGUGGUGGAAGUGAGAUGCUCUCUUGUGGAGGAGAUGGCUCCAGUCCAAAUGGAGACUGGAGUGGAGUCAUUCCAACUUGUGAAGCCAUCACAUGCUCUUUGCUGACUAUCAACAAUGGAAUGGUAUUCUACAGUCCUGACACCACUGACCCAUUUAACUUUAGAACUACUGCCACCUACUCAUGCAAUGAUGGAUUCUUCAUAGAGGGAGAGCAAACUAGAAACUGCACUGGAGAUGGAUCUAGUGUAAAUGGAGAAUGGACUGGAGUUUCUCCUGUGUGUGCAGCUGUGAUGUGUCCUGUCUUAAUUGAUCCGACCAAUGGGAUGAUCAUGUACACUGAGAUACCGUCAGGGUCGCUGGGGUUCAUGGAAAUGGCCACCUACAGCUGUAACGCUGGCUUUGGACUGUCCGGGGGAGACCCUGUGAGGACUUGUGAGGGUGCUGCAGGCAGUUCGGGAGAUUGGACCGAAACUGCUCCAACUUGCGAAGCCAUCAUGUGUCUUGAACUUAUUACUCCUUCAAAUGGACAAGUGGUGUAUUCUGAUUUGACAUCGCCAUACGAUUUUAACACUAUGGCUACUUACGUCUGUUUCACUGGCUAUGGACUGAGUGGUGGAGACGAGAUGCUUUCUUGUGGCGGAGAUGGCUCCAGUCCAAAUGGAGUGUGGAGUGGAGUCAUUCCAACUUGUGAAGAUAUCACGUGUGCUACAUUGGACCCAAUUGCUGACGGAGUAAUAACUUACAACCCUGACACCACUGACCCGUUUGACUUUGGUACAAACGCCACCUACUCCUGCAACGAUGGGUUCUUCUUGGAGGGAAAUGACAUAAGUACCUGUGAUGGAGACGGCACCAGUGUCAAUGGAGAAUGGGAUGUUACUGCUCCUCAGUGCACAGCAAUAAUGUGUCCUGACCUCUCUGAACCAGACAAUGGGUUUGUCACAUUUGCUGUCGAUACAAGCUCACCUUAUGAUUACCUCACCAUGGCCACCUACGGCUGCAAUACUGAUUACGGACUGUCUAGUGGAGAAAAUGUGAGAACUUGUGUUCUUUCAAGUAUCGGUGGUGGAGAAUGGAGCGGAAACGCUCCGUCUUGUGAAGCUAUCACUUGCCAGCUGCUCACUCCAGUUACUAAUGGAGGUGCCAUCACUUACAGUCCUGAUAUGACUAUACCAUUCGCUAUUAGAACUGUUGCCACUUAUUCUUGUCUCCAAGGAUUCCGUUUGGAAGGAAGCCCGGAUAGAACUUGUGUCGGAGAUGGCUCCACCUCUGAUGGAACCUGGGAUGGUGUCGAACCAGUUUGUAAUGAUGUGUUCUGCCCUAUGCUGUCUGAUCCAGCUAAUGGAGUCAUCACAUACUUUGACGACAUCACUGCUCCAUUCAACUACCUCACCACAGCAACAUACAGUUGCAACAAUGGCUAUGGACUGUCUGGCUCCAGCUUUGUUAGAAUCUGUGGCAAUACUGGGGAAUGGAGUGAAAUAGCCCCAGAUUGCAAUCCUGUGGUCUGCACUGAUCUCUCUGCUAUUGACAACGGGCAAGUUAUGUACUCGCCUGAUCCGAGCUCUCCUUACGAUUAUGGGACGGUGGCCACCUAUGUCUGUAACAAUGGGUUUGGACUAGUUGGCGGGGUAACCAGGACUUGUAGCAGUGACGGAGGCGUGUCCACUAUGGGAAUAUGGGAUGGUUUUGCUCCAUCUUGUGAAGCUAUUAGUUGUGCUUCUUUGAGCCCCAUCAAUAAUGGGAGUAUAGCAUACGGUACUGACACCACUGACCCGUUUGACUUUGGAACUACUGCCACCUACUCCUGCAAUGAUGGCUUCUUCCUGAGUGGAAGUGCUACUAGAAUGUGUGAAGGAGACGGAUCCAGUGUUAGGGGAAUGUGGAGUGGACCUGCACCAAUAUGCUCAGCUGUCGUGUGUCCUGAUUUAAUGGACCCCACAAAUGGCAUCAUCACAUUCACUGGAGAGACCUCUGGAUUCAUGACAAUGGCCACCUACAGCUGUAACUCUGGCUACGGUCUGUCUGGUGGAGACUCUGUGAGGACUUGCACCUCAUCCAGUGUGGGGGCGGGAGAAUGGACUGGAACAUCUCCAACUUGUGAAGCCAUCACAUGUCCUGCUCUCUCUGAUCCUACUAAUGGACAAGUCACCUUUGGCACUGACCCUACUGUACCAUAUGACUAUGGCACCAUGGCUACCUACUCCUGUGGUACUGGAUUUGGGCUGAGUGGAGAUAUCAUGAGAACUUGUGAAGGAGAUGGACUAACCACUGACGGUGUGUGGAGUGGAAUAGAAUCAACUUGUGAAGCAAUCACUUGUACUUCUCUAAGUGGAAUCAACAAUGGGAUAAUAACUUAUGUACCUGACGCCAUCGAGCCAUUCUCCUUCGGAUCUACUGCCAUCUAUUCCUGCAGUGAGGGAUUCUUCUUCCCACCCAAUGUGAACCCGAUCCAAACAUGCCUUGGAGAUGGCAUCACCCCUGUAGGAUUUUGGGACGGAGCAGCACCUACUUGCACAGCAAUCACAUGUCCUAACCUCACCUCUCCAACAAGUGGAUCCAUCGCCUAUACCACGGAUACAACAGCUCCAUUCGACUAUCAAACCACUGCAACCUACAGCUGUGACGCUGGUUAUGGCCUGUCUGUUGGAGACACUGUGAGGACUUGCACUGAAUCUAAUCUAGGGGCUGGACAAUGGACUGGCACUGCUCCAGCUUGUGAAACAAUCGUGUGUCCAACUCUCUCUACUCCUUUCAAUGGACAAAUCUCCUUUUCUUCCUUGCUGAACACCGCUAAUGUUACUGCCACCUACUCCUGUGACAUCGGAUUUGGACUCAGUGGAGGAGAUGAGGUACUCACUUGUGGAGGAGAUGGCUCCAGUCCGAAUGGAGAGUGGAAUGGAACACCCCCAGUUUGUGAUCUUUUAUCCGUGUUCUGUCCUGAGCUUCUUAAUCCAUUGAAUGGACUAGUGGCGUACGAUACAGUUUAUAGUGCUGUUGCUACCUACUCUUGUGAUGCUGGCUAUGGACUGAGUGAGGGAGAUGGGACGCAAACCUGUGGAGCAGGUAGCUCUAGUGCGAUGGGUACUUGGGAGGGAGUGGUUCCAACUUGUGAAGCCAUCACCUGUAGUUCUCUGAGUCCAAUUGCCAAUGGAAUGAUCGAUUACGAGUCUAUUACGUAUAAUUUUGGAACCAGUGCCAUCUAUACCUGCAAUGAUGGUUUCUUCCUGAGUGGAAGAAACAGUCGAAGAUGUGGAGGAGACGGAACCAGUGUCGAUGGAAUGUGGAGUGAAACUGCACCAAUAUGCUCAGUGGUCGUGUGUCCUGAUUUAAUGGACCCCACAAAUGGCAUCAUCACAUUUACUGGAGAGACCUCUGGAUUCAUGACAAUGGCCACCUAUAGCUGUAACCCUGGCUACGGUCUGUCUGGUGGAGACUCUGUGAGGACUUGCACCUCUUCUAGCGUGGGGCCAGGAGAAUGGUCUGGAACAUCUCCAACUUGUGAAGCCAUCACUUGCAAUGCUCUUCCUCUUCUCACUGACGGCAUACUUGUCUACUCGUCUUCCACACCCGAGCCUUAUGAAUUUGGGACCACUGCUAGAUACUCCUGCGACAUUCGCUAUGGACUGAGUGCAGGAGAUGGGCUACUCACUUGUGAAGGAGAUGGCUCCAGCACAAAUGGAACGUGGAGAGGAAUAGUUCCAACUUGCGAAGCUAUUUCUUGCUCUGUUUUGAGCUCCAUCCUGAAUGGAGUGAUUGAGUACAGUAUGGAUGUCACUGAUCCGUUUGACUACGGCACUACUGCCACCUACACAUGCAACGAUGGGUUCUUCCUGGAGAGCAACAGUGAGAGGAUAUGUGGAGGGGAUGGAAGUACCGUGACUGGUUCAUGGGAAGGAAUGACCCCUGUAUGCACAGCCAUUACAUGUAUAAAUUUGAAUGCUCCGACCAAUGGCAUCAUCGCAUUUUCCUCUGGUACCUCUGCUCCAUACGAUUACCAAACCACGGCAACGUACAGCUGCAACACUGGAUAUGGACUGUCUGGAAAAGAGAGUGUAAGGACAUGCCUUGGCUCUUUAACUAUGGCCAGUGGAGAAUGGAGUGGAACUGCUCCAACUUGUGAAGCUGUCACAUGCUCUGAGCUGUCUACUCCUGACAACGGGCAAGUCUUAUAUGCUUCAGCCAUCACCCUGGCUCCCUUUGACUUUGGAACUACUGCCACUUAUCAAUGUGAUGCUGGCUUUGGUCUGGUUGGGGAGACAAUGAGUAGGUGUGGAGGAGAUGGCUCCAGUUCAAACGGAGUGUGGACUGGAACACCUCCUACUUGUGAAGCCAUCACAUGUCCUGCUCUCUCUGAUCCUACUAAUGGACAAGUCACCUUUGCCACUGACAUCACAGUUCCAUUUGACUAUGGCACCAUGGCUACCUACUCUUGUGACAUUGGAUUUGGACUGAGUGGAAAUAAUAUGAUGAGAACUUGUGGAGGAGAUAUGUCUAAUUCAACUGGAGUGUGGAGUGGAUCAGAGCCAACUUGUGAAGCCAUCACUUGUACUUCUCUGAGUCCAAUUGCUAAUGGAUUGAUCGGUUACGAAUCUAACACAUUUAACUUUGGAACCAGUGCCACCUACACCUGCACUGAUGGCUUCUUCCUGAUUGGAGGGAACAGUCGAAGGUGUGGAGGAGACGGAACCAGUGUUAAUGGAGUAUGGAGUGAAACUGCACCAAUAUGCUCAGUGUUUGAUUGCCCUGAGCUUAUGGACCCAACAAAUGGUGCCAUUACAUUCUCUACCUCUGGAUCUAUGCCAACGGCAACGUACAGCUGUGACUCUAGCUAUGGACUAUCCAGGGGAGACACUGUGAGGACUUGCACUGGCAGCCCUGCAGAGUGGAGUGGAACUGCCCCAACUUGUAAUACUCUCACUUGUGUUGACCUUCCAACUCCCGUCAAUGGUGCAAUCACGUUCUCUUCUCUUGCACCUUAUGAGUUUGGAGCUACUGCUAGCUAUAGCUGUAACACUGGCUAUGGACUGGGCGGAGGUGACGUAACAAGAAGUUGUGGAGGAGAUGGCUCCAGUACGAAUGGGGGGUGGAGUGGAACACCUCCAACUUGCAACAUCAUCUUUUGCACAUCUCUGAGUCCGAUUGUCAAUGGAAUGAUAGUGUACAGCCCCGACGUAACAAGCCCAUACGACUUUGGAACUGCUGCCACCUACUCAUGCAAUGAUGGGUUCUACCUGGAUGGAGAGCAGAGUAGAAACUGCGCCGGGGAUGGGACCAACACUAUUGGCACGUGGGAUCUAACCGCGCCUAUUUGUACAGCAAUAACCUGUGGUGACCUCGCCUUUCCUUCAAAUGGACUAAUAUUAUACCUCACGGCGGGCCUAACUUUGAUCACAAAUGCUCCAUUUGACUAUCAGACCAUCGCCACGUACAGUUGUGCCGGAGGCUAUGCUCAGUCCGGUGGAAAUACCGAGAGAACGUGUGUUGGUUCUAUUCUUGGUCCUGGAGAAUGGACUGGAAUCUCUCCAAUUUGUGAAGCUAUCACUUGCCUUGAACUACCUGCUCCUGUCAACGGACAAAUCUCCUAUGCUGUUGAUAUGUUUGUGCCAUUCGACUACUCAACUGUGGCCAUCUACUCUUGUGACACUGGCUAUGGACUGAGUGGUGGAGAUUUGACAAGAUCUUGUGAAGGAGAUGAUUCCAGUACAACUGGAUCAUGGAGUGGAUCACAACCAACUUGUGAAGCCAUUGUCUGCCCCGAUCUGCCCACCCCAAUGAACGGCCAGGUGGUGUAUGCAUCGACUGCCUACGGGGCUAUUGCCACCUACUCCUGUGACACUGGCUUUGGACUGAGUGGAGGAGAUGGGAUGCAAAUCUGUGGGGAAGAUUUUUCUGGACCGAACGGAGUCUGGGAAGGAAUAGUUCCAACUUGUGAAGCCAUCACUUGUACUUCUCUGAGUCUAAUUGAUAAUGGGUUGAUCGCUUACAAUUCUGCUACUUUUGACUUUGGAACUACUGCCACCUAUUCCUGCAAUAUUGGGUUCUUCCUGAGUGGAAGUGAAACUAGAAUGUGUGGAGGAGAUGGAUCCAGUGUCAGGGGGAUGUGGAGUGGAACUGCUUCAAUAUGCUCAGAUGUUAUGUGCCCCACUUUAAUGGAGCCAGAAAAUGGCCUCAUCACUUUGUCUAUUGAGAGCCCAGGAUCUACGACAGCCACGUACAGCUGUGACACUGGAUAUGUUCUAGCAGGUGGAGACAGUGUGAGAACUUGUACUGCAGAAGUCUGGGAUGGAACUGAUCCAACUUGUGAAGCUAUCACAUGCAUCUCUCUUCCUCUACCUGACAACGGAGCGAUUGUCUACUCGUCUGCCACACCCGAGCCUUAUCAAUUUGGGACCACUGCUAGAUAUUCCUGCAACACUGGGUUUGGACCGAGUGGAGGAGAUGAGGUGCUCUCUUGUGGAGGAGAUGGCUCCAGUCCAACUGGAGAGUGGAGCGGAGUGAUUCCAACCUGUGAAGCCAUCAAUUGUGCUGCACUAAGUUCAAUUGACAAUGGCGGCAUAACGUAUGACCCUGUCUCGAGUGAUCCAGUCACCCUCGAUUACGGAACUACUGCCACUUACUCCUGUAAUGAUGGGUUCUUCCUGGAGGGUAACGUUAUGAGGAACUGUGGGGGAGAUGGAACAAGUCUGGAUGGAGUGUGGGAUGGAGUUGUUCCCAUCUGUAGUGCAAUCACAUGUUCUGGUCUGAGUGAUCCAACUAAUGGCAUCAUCACAUUCACCAUGGAUACAGAUUCUCCAUUUGACUAUCAGACCGCGGCCACUUACAGCUGCAACAUUGGCUUCGGACUGACGAGUGGUGAUAGUGUGAGAAUGUGUUUGGGUUCAAGCGAAGGUCCAGGAGAGUGGAAUGGAACUGCUCCAUUCUGUGAAGCUGUCACCUGUGCUGAUCUCGCUGCCCCAACUAACGGACAAAUUAGCUACUCUACUACCUUACCCUAUGGCUUUGGCACUGUGGCUUCCUACUCUUGUGACACUGGAUAUGGACUCGUGGGGAUUGAUUGGACAAGCAUGUGCAACGGAGAUAGCUCAAGCACAGCUGGAAUGUGGAUAGGUACACCUCCAACUUGUGAAGCUAUCACAUGUACCUCUCUUCCUCUACCUGGCAACGGAGCUAUUGUCUACUCGUCUGCCACACCUGAGCCUUAUCAGUUUGGGACCACUGCCAGAUACUCCUGCAACACUGGCUAUGGACUGAAUGGAGGAGAUGAGGUGCUCUCUUGUGGAGGAGAUGGCUCCAGUCCAAAUGGAGACUGGAAUGGAGUUAUUCCAACUUGUGAAGCUGUAACCUGCCCUGAACUGAAUCUGAUCAACAAUGGCAUGAUAACCUACAGUCCUGACACCACUAGUUCCUUUGGUAUCGGAACUACUGCCACCUACUCAUGUGCUGAUGGACAUGUCCUGAGUGGAAGUGAUACUAGAAUGUGUGAGGGAGACGGCUCUAGCACUCGCGGUGUCUGGAGUGGCAAUGCACCAAUAUGCUCAGACGUUUUUUGUUCUACACUGUUCGACCCAACCAAUGGCCAUAUCACUUUCUUGGUGGACCCUUCAACAUUGGUACUCACUGCUACCUAUGCCUGUGACCCUGGAUACGGGCUCUCUAUUGGAGACAUGAUUAGGACCUGCCUUGAAUUAGGAUGGAGUGGAGCGGAACCAGUUUGUGAAGCGAUCUCAUGUCCUGCUCUUCCUGUUCCUACUAAUGGACAAGUAACUUUCUCUGACGACCAUUUCGCCCCUCACAACUUUGGUACUGUGGCUACCUACUCCUGUACUGAUGGCUAUGGACUGAUUGGUGGAGAUGUUAUGAGCACUUGUGGAGGAGAUGGCUCCAGUACUAAUGGAGUGUGGAGUGGAACAGCCCCAACUUGUGAAGCUAUCACGUGUCCUGGUGUUCCACUGCUUGUCAAUGGAGUUAUUGCCUAUUCGGAUACACCUGCACCAUACGACUUUGGAACCAUGGCUACUUAUACCUGUGACACUGGAUACGGAUUGAUUGGAGAUAUAACGAGAACUUGUGACGGAGAUGGCUCCAGUCCAAAUGGAGUAUGGAGUGGAUCAGCCCCAACUUGCAAUUCUAUCACGUGUACUUCUCUGAGCCCGAUAACCAAUGGAAGGAUCAGCUACAGUCCUGACGCGACAAGUCCUUUCGAUAUCGAAACUGUGGCCACUUAUUCUUGCAUUGAUGGCUUCUUCCUGAGUGGAAGUGACACUAGAACAUGUGAAGGAGACGGAGCCAGUUUCAGUGGAAUGUGGAGUGGAACUGCACCAAUAUGCUCUGAUGUUGUGUGUCCCACUCUGAAUUCACCGGAAAAUGGCCAAAUUUCAUUCUCCGUGGAGACUGAUGGAUCAACCACGGCCACCUACAGCUGUGACACUGGCUACGGACUCUCUGGUGGAGACAGUGUAAGGACUUGUACUGCAGGAGUUUGGACUGUACCAGCUCCAAUUUGUGAAGCCAUCACAUGUCCUGCACUCCCUCUAACUGAAAAUGGAGUGAUCGUUUUCUCCACUUCUGAGCCUUACAAUCUUGGAACAACUGCCACCUACUCAUGCAACACUGGCUACGGGCUGAGCGGAGGUGUUAUCUUAACUUGUGGAGGAGAUGGCUCAAGUCCAAACGGGGAAUGGAGUGGAACACCUCCAACUUGUGAAACAAUCACUUGUCCUGGUUUGAGUCCAGUCACUAAUGGAGACAUAUUUUACGACCCUGAUGUAAUUGACCCCUACGACUAUGACACCAUGGCAACAUACAGCUGCGAUGUAGGCUAUUUCCUUGAAGGAAACUCUAUCAGACGUUGCGGUGGCGAUGGCUCUUCCACGACUGGAUCAUUCGAUGGAUUGUCUCCCAUUUGCACAGCAAUCACAUGCUCAACAUUGGCUCCUCCUAUGAACGGAAUGAUCAUCUAUGCCACGGAUACAACAGCUCCAUUUGACUACCAAACCACUGCCACCUACAGCUGUGACGCUGGUUAUGGCCUGUCUGUUGGAGACACUGUAAGGACUUGUAGUGGCAGCCUGGAGGGCGAUGGAUACUGGACCGGAACAGCUCCAAUCUGUAGAGCCCCUGGUGUUCCGAAUAACCCUAACUUCCAGCUUGAUGAUGCUGUCUGCGGUAAAAUCACCAUAUCUUGGGAUGAACCAUUGGAAGAUGAGCAAAUUGGAGGUAUCUCAAGAUAUCGGGUGAUGGUGACCAAACGUUCCACUGGAGAGUCUGACAGCAUGACCACCAGCGACCUGUUUCUCAUUUUGAACAACCUGGAGUGCUGCCAGGCAUAUGACUUCUCUGUCGCUGCUGGCAACAGUGAUGUGUUUGGAGAUGCUCUAUAUCACAAUGAUGGAUUCCGGACGAGACCAGAUGUUUCUGUGUUGCCGGAUGUGUCAGUGACAGUGGAAAGUGACACAACUCUGAGCAUAAGCUGGGUUGAGCCUUCUUCUCUCACCCACCUGCCCUCGGAUACUUACACUGUUACCGUGACACCAACCUGUAUGAACGGAGACACUGCUGUGUUUACCCCACCCCCUCAGAUGGUGGCCUUUGAUGCCACACCUACCUUGCAAGUUACAAACCUCAACCCUCAAGUUCCCUAUAGAGUGAGCUUUGAUGCUGUUGUUUGUGAGUCCAACAUUUCCAUAUAUGACGAUACAGUCUUCACCGUACCAGGGGUUGAUAUCGGCUCUCCCACUAUCAAUUCUGCCAGUCGACUUACGGAGGAUCCCUCUAAGGCCAGGGUGGAGUGGACACCCACUGCCAACGUUGUGGAUGUCCAGAUCUACUCAGGAAAUACCUUCAAUGAGGACAAUCUCAUCAGGAGUGACAAGGUGUCUUCACCCAUCAACACUGCGAUUAGCCUCACUGAACUUGACGUGUGUACUCCAUAUUGGUUCGUGGUGAGAGCAGCUACUUGUGGAGAUGCAGCAAGUAGUGCUCCUGUGAAGGUUGACUUAGACGAUACCAAGCUAUUUGAACUGAGCUUCAAACUUGAGGAUGCUGACCGUUGUACUAGCUUUAAACAGAGCGAGAGCAAGCAAACAGUGAGCAAGAUUGAGGAUCUCAUGAAUAUCACCCUGCUCUCCACCGACUGUGGGGCCUUUGCUGUGAGCUGCUUUGCUGGCAGUGUCCUUACUUGUGACGGGAGUGAUGCAUCCCUCGUUUACUUCAGUACGAGCCUUGUGGGUCAUGGUACAGGAAAGACCAGUUCCUCUCAAGAGUCGUGUCUCAAUGCAUGGUUGGCAAAGAGUCCCAGGCCAACGAUUAAUAUAUCUAACGGACUCAAGCCUGUUGAGCUGUCACCUGUGAGCAGGAAUGGUUUCCCAGUUUAUGCCAUCGUUCUCAUUGCGAUUGGUUGCAUAGCCUUGGUCACGAUUGUAAUUCUGGCAGCUAUUAUCUACCGCUACUACCGCCGAAAGUAUAGAGCAAAGAAGGUCUAUUUCACUGAAAACUUUAACCCAUCUGUGAACAACCCUACCUAUGAAGAGAUAUCUGGAUUUAUGGCAGAGAACCCUGUGUUUUCUGAGGACACAAUGGAAAAAGCAGCUACACCUUUGUCUGCUGGUAACCCUGGUUUCAUUGACUCAGGUGGUGCUCCUCCAGACUACUCUAGCUUCAUGGCCAAAGAGAAGGAGGCUGAGGCUUUGGGUGAGGAUGUGAAUUUUGAAAUACCACCUCUUGAUGACAGCAUGACCCACUUCUAAAGUACUGUUGCAAACACUUUAUGCUGUUAGAGAAAAACAUUUUUAUAGCUUAUAAUCUACCAACUAGUUCGUUCAUAAUUAUUAUGAAGUAUUACGUACUUGCACUAAUAAUAAAAAUACCUUUAGAUCACAACAUAAAAUAUUGUUCAAAACUUGA